AUGUCGAUAUGUUAUCACUGUGGAAGAGUAACAGACGAAAACGACCUGCAAGAACUGCCAAAAGACGAGGAACUGCUCGAGAAGUUUAUAGAACAUCACAAACUUGAGCCAGUUGUUCAGAAAAACGACGAGAGCGUCUAUGUUUGUAAAGGGCAUCUCGAGGAAGAGAUGAAGGUGAUUCCGAAGGAAAAUUGAGCAAUUUCAUUGAAGUUUAUUCUUUCAGUCUCGAUCUCCAGAGCCAAUUGACGAGUUUUCCGAUGAGGUGGAUCCUGAAGCUGUUUUCCAGAUGGACGUGAAGCAGGAAGUGGAAGAGGAGCCUUCAGGAUUCUUCACAGAAGCCAAAGAAGAGCCUCCGGUCGAAGAAAUCAGCUACGACAGUUUUCCAUAUGAAAUGGAAUCGACCUCAAACAGCUACAGCACAUUCGAGGAAACUGGCAGCACUCACGAACAGCCGGACAGCUACGAAGAGUGCCAACCGACGACUUCCUCCGCGCACGUCGUCAAGGAUGAAUCCUACAACGACAUGCCAGUUUAUCUGCCAGAGCUCACCGACGGUCAGAUCAUGUCGGUUUGUGUCAAAACGAGCGGGACCACGAGCGGUAAAUCGUCGUUCGAAUGCGGACUGUGUCCGGAGAAGUUCUUCAGUUCGGACACCCGUCCGAUUCGACUGCAUCUCCACUUGAAACACUGCGUUUCUAUGAAUGCACUGAAGAAUAAUAAGCACACGUUAGUUUUUCUUUAGUGAAAUCAAUCAAUAUCGGUUCCUUCCAGCCACCUACUUCCGAAAGUGUUCGGGCCUUUAUCGGCGAGCACAAGAGCGGAAGCGGACAAAGCGCUGUGUCGCUUCAUCCUGAGAAACGGAAUGCCUCUGAAGUCUGUGCUGGACCGCAAUCUGGAGAUGCUCGCUUUUAACAUGAAUUCAGAAUACACGCUCCCCUCUGUCGACACACUUUUUCAGUACGUGGAAGAGUUUUCAGAACAGGCAGCAGUAAGUAAAAAAAAGUGGAAUUCCAAAUUAAAUUAUGAUUUUUAGUUGCACAUUACACCGAUCGACACACAUUAUGGCCCAGUGGCAGUGACGUUCGACACAACAAUGUUUAAUAACGUGAAAUAUCUCGCAUUUACGGUGACGUUUUACAAAAAUCGGAGCGAGACGCAGAGAAGAAUAUUUUUGAGAGAAAUCGAAUCCGGACGGUAUAUAUAUUUUUCAUAUUUUAGAGUAUUCUACAAUAUUUACAAAAUUUCCAGACAACUAGUCCCCCACAUCAUGUCAACAAUCCGGCAAACCAUCGGCGAUACGGAUUCCAGCCUUCAGAUUUCGACAGUUGUGACCGGAAAUACGGAACACGAAGAGACUUUGGAAGACUUGGGUUGCUUCAGACAAGUGUACGUCUGCUGAACUCACCGCAAUCUCAAUUUUUCUCGUUUUCAGGAUGGUUUGCUUCUCGCAAAACAUUGACAAGUUUGCGAAAGCGUUGACAACUCAUCCGAUUUUCGCAAAACCUCUGAACAUUCUCCGAAAUUUCAUUCGCAAAUUCCCUCAGCAACGUCAACUUUGGCUGCAGUUCAAAUCGUGAGUUUGUCGAUCUGAUUGCGUCUUUGUUGCGGUGUUUUCUUGCGGCCUGCUGUUUUCGAACCAUUUCCACCCAAAAGAGCCGCAACUAGGCGGACGUGGUUCGCAAGCAUCAUGCCGCAAGAAAAAUACCGCAACAACGCUGGACGUUCUCCAGAUUUGUCGUUAAACGAAGAACCUACGGAGAGUUCCCGUCAAUUGACGAAGGGCACUGGUGCCACACUCUGGAUUUUAUCACGAAAUGCCUGCACAUGGUAAUCGGCUAGAAUCAUUCGAAUACUUGUUUUGAAUUACUGCGUUUUUUCAGCACCGCCUGUUCAGCGAGUUCUCCUCGAUGCACAGACUUCUCCAGUAUAUAGACGUAGAGGACAACGUGAACAUGGUCUACUUGCACAGUCUUCUGAAUCUCUGCAAAAGCGCUCUCAAAAGUGUGAGUUUCAAGAGAAUGAGGGCAUUUCACACACUUCUCCCAAUGUCUACACGUGAGAAAAUAAAAAACUGCGUAUUUUUACAGAUGGUCGAAACAAACGCAACAAUUGCGGAUGUGAUUCCAAACAUUAUCGACAUCAGCGGUUCCAUUGCCAUGUUCGUCUAUCACCAUUUUUCCUUAAUUUCACAUCUCUUUCAGUACUACGAGUCGUGCCGAUAUCAUCGACGAAGUGAACAAACUCUUCAACACGCAUCUCCGUCCGUUCGUCUACCAAUCGGACAUUCAUCGUUUCGCCUACUUCUUGCACCCCAAUCACCAGAAAUCCUCACUUUUGUCCGAGAAAGAGUUGCGAGCCAUAAGAAUGAGUCUUGCGCGCCAGCUGUGUGAGUUAUUUUUUGUGUGGAAAGUAAUGUAGGUGUAUUUUCAUUGUAGCUCUGCGUGCAACAUCGGACGGCGAUAUGACGGCGAUGCCAGCGUUUCGGGAUACUGACUUCGACGUGAGCCUUACCUUUAUUCUCAGGAAAAACCCAUCUUUGAGAUUACAGAAGGAAGUGGCCGACUAUUGGGGCGUUGUCAGCAGGAGAGCGAUGGACGGGUUGGGAGCGAUGGAGUGGUGGUACAGAAAUGCGCGAUACUUUCCGCGGCUCUACACGUACAUGAAGGAGCUCAACCAGAUUCCCGCCUUCGUCAUCAACGCCUCCUACUAUUUGGGGUUCAUUUUCUUUUUUGCCACCCCCGCAAACCACUCUUCAUUUCAGUGAGUACGGACAGCUGACUAACGGAAUGAAUGAGCUGGAACCGGCGCAGAGAAGACUUAUUCUUCAAGCAUCCAGCGAAUUAGUGCAGUUCCAGUGAGUUUGAACCCUAGUUUGUGGAAAACAAGAAUUUACUUUCAGCUCGAAGGGUGAAGUGGCGGUCAAACAGAUAUGUGUGAAGAGGAAGCGAGAUCCGACGUGUCCGGAGGACUCUUGGUAUAUUCCUGUCGACACGCGCACCUUCCGAGAUCUGGAUACGAGAGCUAACCUUCCAAGGACAAACGUGCUCUCUCCAAUUGUUGCUCGAGGGCCGGCGGUCAGACCAGCAUAUUUCAAGAACCCACCGAGAGAUCUGCAAACAGUUGCACAGGCGAUUGAGACGAUGGGGACGUUCCAGCCCCCGCAGACGUCUUCGAAGAGCACUGAGAUCCCGAAGCGGAUGGUCAGACAACGAGAGCCGACGCUGAUGGAAAGGGCGGUCAAGCGGGAGGGCGAUCAGUUCCAGUUCCCGACCGCAGUGAAGAAGUACUACACAGUGAGGAAUGCCCUUGCGAACGGACAAAUUGCUCCGGUAAACGCAUUUCCAAAGAUCAUUAACACGGGAUCAUUACCACGAGUCCGUUAUCCGUAAGUUGUUCUUUACCUGUUCCUCCGCUCUAUUGUGCUUCAGAGUCGUCCGAAACUCAUUCCGGAAUGUUGUCGCAAGGAUGAACGGCGGCGCCGUCGUGAAAACGGAAACGCCGGCGACAAGAAGGUGUAUUUCGUGCGACAGAGAACCGGCCAGACACAUCAGCCAGCACCCCAGUAAUAACAAUAAUCCAAUCUGUUGGGUUCAGGCCCACAAUUAUAUAUUUUUUGACCUACCGUAUCUUUUGAUCUACAACUACCCGCACCCCGCGAAAUAUUAUAUUUUUCUUUUAUCCACAUGUUCCCCUAGCGAUAUUCCACCCAGAGGUUAUUCUUAUUCUCUCUCCUGAAUAAACCCCUUCUACGAACUCUCUCGACUCCCACAACUACAACACAAUCCGUUCAGUGCAUUCUCGUCAGACUUGCUUGUUAUGUGUUCCUUCUACCUGUCUAUCUGCCUGUUCCUCUACCUCAUCCCAUCCCCUCACACCUUCGCAGCUAAAACUUUUCCUGUCUUCUAUUUUUUCGGUAUUUGCCGUCCUAACCUUGACAUUUCGAUUUGUUGACACGGUAAUAAAAAUGUAUACCUGUUUGUUGGUUUAUUCAUGGAUUGACAGAGAAUAUCUGAAUGUUCAAUCCUUAUUUCGUUUCCCUCCCACUUUUCGCAUUUUCUCUGCUCGUCUCCGUCUCGAAUGACUCAUUUCGUCGAUUGCGAAACGGCCGCAGUUUUGCUGUAUAAAAGAGUGAAUUGGGGUUCAUUUCCUCAGUUGUUAUCUUUUUCCCCUCGACUGUUUCGUCGCUUAUUUUAUGCAAACACAUAUGAUUCAUUCAGGUUUCGAAACUAUUCGUUUUGCAGAAAUGAGCACCGAAAAAAAUGUGCACGAGCUUGAGGCUCGUGAGCAAGACAUUUCGAAAGUGAAGGUGUACACGGACAGAGCUGAAAUAUGCCGCACCGUGAAAGUUACUCUGAAGCCGGGAGUGAACGAAGUCGUUCUGAAUGUGAGAAAAACGGAGAUGACGUGCGUAUUUCGAUUGAUUUCAGAAUUUGUGCAGCAGUCUUGUGCACGAAUCGCUUCGUGUGGAAGGAAGAGGAAAGGCCACGAUUCAUGACGUGGCCGUCAAGAGUCAGGCUGCUCUCAAGGAAGAGACCGAUUCUCCCAAGGUAACUACUACUCCAUUUCAACCCUUUCAUCUAGUGUUAUCUCGAAAUUCAGGAUAGACAAUACCCUUUUCCACAGAACUAACGGUCAUAAACCAGUAUGAUAAAUGAGUUUCUCUUGGAAUUUUGAAAGAAACUCAGAUUUUUUAUAAAUGAAACUAUUUAGAAACUAUUAGUGGUGACCCUCAAAAGUAACGUUAUGUUCCAUUGGGGUCAUUCCGGAUGAGACUGUUUUCUUAGACAUACUUACCUUGUGCCUUUAAGAUCGCUGCAAUCAGAACCCACUUGAAAGAAGAGCAGGCUCGUCUUCGAUCAAUUGCCGACAAAAGGCAGGUCAUCCAGAAGAGCAUCGACAAUUUGGACAAAGUGUUCGAGCAAGUGGGAAGUGGGCUGGUAAACCCGCCGAAGGAAGGCGGAGGAGCCGCGCUCAACGACGGAACAAUCGAGAGUCUGAGCCGAUUCUUUGAGUUUUACGGCACCAACGCUGAAGCGUACAGAGAUAGUGAGAAUGUUCCAGUAAUUUAAACAGAAUUUGUGUGAUUUCAGAGCUGAGAGAAAUGGAAGAGGUGCAUAGAGAGCAACAACAGAAGGUUCUGAAGGCAGAGCUGGAGCUCAAGCUGCUGGAAAAUCAGAGAAGAAGUGCCUUCGCACAGUAAGCUUCAUUUAAAAUAUAUCAUAGCAUGCAUUAUACUGAGGAAAUCGUUCUUGCAGAGCCGCAAUCAUUACACUGGAUACCAAAGAGGAAACAGAAGCCGAGCUGGACGUCAUCUAUCAAGUGCGCAACGCCGGAUGGUCUCCUUCCUACGAUAUCCGGGUGGACACUGACAAACCGUCGAUGAACAUCGCCUACUUCGGAAAGAUCAGACAGCACACAAACGAGGACUGGAGCAACGCCCCGCUCGUGCUCUCCACUGCUCAACCUUGUCUUGGCGGUCGCAUUCCGGAGCUAGGAACCCUUGACGCCGUCUUCUAUUCUCAGCAACCACCGCCACAAGUGUUUCACACGAGAGGUCUGUUCGGAGGAAUGGCACCACAAGCAAGAGAAAUGCCGCAAGGUGGCCAGCUCUUCGGUGCCGUUGCUGCCACCGGCUUUGUCAAUGCUGCCCCCGUACCUGCGCCGAUGGAAGUCGCCGUCGCUUCGGAAGUCAAUCAGAACACUCUGAGCACCGAGUUCAAGAUUGUCAGAGAGGCGUCGAUCCCACAUGGAACCAAUGAUCACAAAGUGACCAUCGGCAUCGUGACUCUCUCGUCGAAGCUCGUUCACGAGACUGUUCCCUCCAAGAAUGCGGCCGCUUUUCUCACUGCUUCGGCCAUUAACACUUCGGAACUCGCAUUCCUGGCCGGAGACUCGUCUGUUUAUCUGAACAAUGCGUUCGUUGCAAAGGUAAGUAUCUACAUCACUUUCUCACUUUUCUUAAAGACAAUCAAUUUCAGAGUCACUUGAAGAACGUGUCUCCAGGCGAGAAGUUCACCUGCUCGUUGGGAGUGGAUACUGCGAUUCGUGUGGAGUACAAGGCGGCGAAGAAGUACCACGAGGAAGGAGGAUACAUAACGAAGCACUCUGCGGACGUCACCGAGCAGACCAUAUCGGUAAAGAACACGAGAAGCGAGCAGCCGGUCCUUCUGACCAUCAAGCAUCACGUGCCACGUAGCACUGACGAGAAGAUCCGCGUGAAGCUUAUUCAUCCAGCCGCCGCGCCGUACGAUCCAGAGAAGGCGGCGAACGAACCGGAAAACGCGGAGCCCGCCGAGGGGGCUAAGCUCAAUUCGAGCAACAAUCUCGAGUGGACUGUCAAGUUGGCUCCGGGCAACUCACAGGACCUCGUGCUCAAGUACGUGGUCGAGCACCCGAAGGAGGAACGAGUUCAGUUCCAGGAGAAGUUCUAG